UCUCUUAGGCCGAGAAUACUGUGGACCGAAUAUUGCCAUGAAGCAAUUAAACACUGCAGCGACACAGAGCAGAAAUUAACAAAUAAACAUGGAACAUGCUAAUAAAUCAGAUUUUAAAAACCACAUGGUCAUAAAUGGAUUCACUGUGUUACAGACAAGAUUCACAGAUCAAUCUAAGUCUGGACAUUAUUUGUAUGUAAAGGAACAUGCCGCUAAAGACCAGGAUGCAAGAAGACCGCCAGAGAGAACAUUAUUUGUUGUUAAUAUACCACCAUACUGCACAAAGGAGAGUCUGAGACAUAUAUUUUCACGAUUUGGCAAGAUUUUACAUAUCCAUCUUCAAGAUAAACCAACAAAAGAUCUGCUCAUCAAUAAAUCACAAUUUUUUCCUGAUCUGCAGCUUCAAAAGGGAUUUAAAGUAGGAUAUAUUGUUUUUAGAAAACCGGCCUCUGUAGAAACAGUUAAACAACUUCCAUUCGAUACACCUCUGGUUAUUUCUACAACUAAAAACCCUGUGUCAACAGGUGUUAAAAAAUGGUGUGACGAAUACGAGAAGAGCAGAGUUGAUGUGAAACAGUUACAGGUUGAAAUAGACACCUACAUGCAGUCUUAUGAUAAACUUGUGGAGGCGGACAAGAAAAAGGCCAUGGAGCAGGAGGGUGUUCCUGAUGAAGAUGGAUGGGUUACUGUCACCAGACACAGCAAGAAAAACAAAGCUGUCCCUAGAACUGAAGCAAUGGAGUCUAAACUUACAGAGAUAGAGAGGAAGAAAAAGCAAAAUAUGGAACUCAAGAAUUUUUACACCUUUCAAUCUAGAGAAACCAAAAGAAAUGAAAUAGCAACAUUACGGAAAAAGUUUGAAGAAGACAAGCAGAGGAUAUCCCUAAUGAAGGCAGCUAGGAAAUUUAAACCUUAUUGACAUAUUAUUUUAAUAAAAUAAUAUUAAG